AUGUCGGCGCUGGGAAGCGCAGUCAUUAACAAGUCGGGAAAGAAGUUCGCUCCCAAAGCACCUGCUCGACGGGCACCCGCCCCGGUCUCUACGCAGACCUCUGCCAGACCAAGUGUUGCCAGACGAUUGCAUUCCCAGACUCCUCAGCCUCAAUCACUACAGCAACAUGUCGAAUCCUCGCCUACGCCUUCUACAUCGCUACCUAAAGCCGCAUCGACCCAACAGCUUGCUACAGCUGCACUCGCAAACAAUGCCCGGCGAGAUGAGGCUACCCCCAUAUCAAUUCCUUCACGAAGUACGCCGGCGCUGAAGUAUGCUUCUCCUGCGUCUAUAGUGCCUCAGAAACGACCCUCUUCGCCCCUACAAUCGCCCCGCCAGCUUACACCAGUCAGCCAGCCUGUAAUAGCUGCCAGUCGUGCUCCAGAGCCCUCAGGUCCAGUACCAACGCCGAAUGAAGCUAGUCUCAAGCAUACAGGAUCCCACGACGCACCGGUCCCUUCUUCAACAAGAUCGCCUAGUGGAAGCGUUGCAGAAAGCACCAGCACGGAUGUUCCUACGCCCGCUCUUAAACGUCGGAAAAUUGAGGUAUCUCCGGAACAGAAUCGAACAGGACAGUCACGUGCUACAACUGCUGAUGCAAAUGUACCAAUACCAAGCACAGAAGUGAAUGAAAUUGCCGCAAAGUCAUCAAAUAACGCCCUAGCCCUAGCUGUCACAAAAUCUUCUGGAAAAGCCAAGAAGCCUAAGCUUUCUGUGCAGGAAAAGCGUAAACAACAAAUCGCGGAUGCUGCAGCUGAAGUCGUCGCCGACGCAACCAGAAAUACGUCGGCAAGCGCAAAGAAACCAAGGAAAAACGCGAAAGGGAAGGGCGUUCAAAGAGACAAAAGUGUAGCGGCCAGGACAUCCAGGGGAGCUACUCAGGAGCAGCCUAGCCAAGUCGAAGAGGAUGCCGACCCUGCAAAAUUGAGGAGAAAAUACCAAAAAAAGAAGACCCGGCAAAGCAUUGAAGAUGCUGCAGCUGAAGUUGUUGAAGACGCUGUCCAAGGCUCAUCUAAAGAUCCAAAGAAGCGUGGCCGAAGAAGAAAACGCGCACCAACGCCUGAAGGUGCAGAGAUAGUACAGAUAAUGCCAUCUGAGGUCAGAAUGAUGGACCUGUGCAGGGAUGGUGGAACGGGUAGGAAAUCAGAAAGGGAAAAGGAAUUGGAGGAAUUGGAACGGGCAGAUUUCAUCCGAAAGAAGCAAAGGCAGCUGAAAGAAGUCAUGGAUGGAGCUGAGCCUGAAAGCCAGGCUACGCCUGUCGAAUAUACCGAAGCGCGAGAGGAGCGGCCGGCCCGCCAGAGGGAGCAAGAAGAGAACGUAGCUCACAACGUGCCCAACACCAUCAUCGUAAAUGGCCAGAUUCAGAUAGAUGAGACUUCUCUGGAGAUCGAUCGUCACGCAGCAGCAGCCCUCGAGCGCAAUGUAGAGCAGUUGGAUGCCGUUGACGAGACCGAUAUGACUCGAAAGAUCAACUCUGCCACCUGGCUCAAGCGAGACCAAAGUGGUGGGUGGAAUGAGAUGCUAACAGAGAGGUUUUAUGAUGGACUGCGCAUGUUCGGCACUGACUUUGAAAUGCUCAGCAAGAUGUUUCCCGGCAGAACAAGGCACAAGAUCAAGCUCAAGUUCUGUAAAGAAGAGAAAAUCAACGGCGACAGGAUUAAGGCGACAUUACUGGGCGAAAAGUUGGCCGUGGAUUUGCCGGAACUUGAGAAGAUGGCUGGUACUGAGUUUGAUGAUCCGGAGGAAUUGGAGAAAGAUUUGGAAGAGGAUCGCAUUAGGCUGCAAGAGGAGACCGCGGCUGAGAAGCAAGCAAUGGAUGAGGCAAAGAGGGAAAGACAAGAGCAAAUUGCUGCGGAGCAGGCAGCAGCCGAAAAUGAUUCUUCCGCGAAGGAGAACCGGCGUGGGAAGGGAAAGAAGAAGGGGCCGAAGCGCAAGACAAAAAGUACUUCCAGAAAGAAGGAUGAGCAGGCUCAGAUGGCCGCUAGUGGCAGUGGAGGAGAUGUGCUUGGAGAGCUCGCUGAAGCGUUCGGAGUGAAGUAG